AUGACAUGCAAAAAGAUGCAAAUAAAUGAAGACAGUAGUGAGGGCCCUAGUGCUCUGGGUAGACAUGAAAUACUGGCUUCCUGUGGUUGGAUGUUAGUUCUAAGAAGGCUGCCCUAUCCUCCUCCUAGGGUCUUCCACAUGGCCCCUCUGGCUGAGAAACUUAGGCCCAAAGACUGUUCUUGCUUCCCUGUUCCCUCUUCCAGUCAUUUGCAGAGACCCCUGUGGCCCAUUGGGAGCCAUAAGACUUGGAUUCCAGGCUCCCGCCACUUCCUUGCCACUCUGCUCUCCCUGCUGUGUGCACCCUGGGGCUGGAGUAUGGUACUGGAUUCAGUGCACUAUGGAGUCAGGACAGCAGGGCUUGGUGGAUAA